AACACUCAAGGACACGAAAUUUCGUUGAAAAAUAUAUUGGCAAACCAAUGUAUCGCGCACUUAUUAUUCCAUUUCUGUACAUUUGUGUCCUCAUACUCCUCCCACUGUUAAUCACCUUGAUCACCCCUUUUCUAAUAUACCGCCGAAUUGUGGCCCGCCUUUGUCAACUUUUUGGCGACGCUUCAAUCGGGAAGAUUCUAAACGCCGCGGCAACAUCGCACGCUUGUAUUGGCGGGAAAGUGAGCAACAUCCUUCCCAUAACGGUGGAGGGGGUUCCAGAUCUUGCCCAUAUUAAGGCACAGUUCACUGAAAAAAUUUUAAAUGCAAAAGAUCCCGCUACUGGUGAUGGGCCACUUUACCCCGAACUUAGUCAAACUAUCGUUUCCUGGGGCGGGUAUUUCUUUUGGGCAGAUAUUCCCAACUUCACCCUGCCCAUCCGAUUAUUGAAUAUCGAUCCGAUCGAUAUUGACUCCAACGAAGGGAUAAAUUUGCUACGGAAUUUGUACAACAGAGAGUGGAAAUUUGGACAGGAAGCGUUCUGGGAGUUGGUAAUCGUUCCCGGCGUCGGGGGGAAAUUUUGCCUCGUUUUCGUAACUCAUCAUGCACUCGGGGAUGCCUUAUCGGUGAAAAAAAUGUUGAAUAAAGUUUUCCAACCCCCAAUUGUGGAGGAGAAGGUCAAGUUUUCCACGCCGGAACGUCAAAACACUGUAGUUUCUUUGGUAAAAACCAUGCUUAAAAUUCCAUACGACUUCUCCAUUUAUUUGGAGGCACUUCUGAGAACAACAAUAUUACGACGCGGUGGACAAGUUCCAAAUUCAGGGAAUGUUCCCGUGAUGGACAAGCUCAAUUUGGGAAUGACGAUAUGCACAAAAUCAACAAAUUUAGCAACAGUGAAAAAAAUUGCGGCGGGUCAUUCGGUUUCUGUGAGUGCAAUAUUAAUUUCUGCAGUUCAAGGGUCAAUCCAAAAAUGCGGAGAUGCCAAAGGGCUUUUGUACCUUCCGCUGCCAACAGCAGUUCAUUCGGAGAAAUUGAGAAAUGUCGGAGGGAUAGGAUACAUCGAACUUUUACAAAAUGGUAAUGGUCGCGAAAAGCUUGAACGGACAGAAGAACAAUUACGACAAAUCAAAUCCUCCACGUUUCCUUGGAUGUCCACCUUCACUGCGAAUUUAACCGGCUCUCUGCCACCGUUUCUAUUGCGAAGAACGAUUCGUGGAGCUGCAACCGCGGAGAAUUUGAGAACCUAUGCAGCCUCAAUAUUUGUCGCAUGGCGGCAUCCGACUAGUCUUUUUGGGUAUCCCGUUACUAAAAUUGGAUCGGUAGGAUCUGGGUUAGCAGGCACCAACGCGGUCGCAUUUUUUAUGUUUUCGUCGCACGACAUGAUUUGUGUAAGUGUGAUGGGUGACAGCAAAAUCUUGUCGGAACGGGAGGGGACAUCUCUGCUCGAUGGGAUGUUGGGGGAAGUGGAAAUACUCGGGAAUUUGUUAGACACACCUGGCCAUAUCAAAGUUACGAUUAUGUAAUAGCUAAGGCUUAUUAAGCUUAGGAAAUUUUGACGUAUUAAAAAAAUAGUACAAUUACAAAAACUUUAAUGAUAAUUAAUUAAGAAUAAGUAUCCCCAUUCUGUAAAUUUUUCAUUAAACACAACCUUCGCAUUGAUCGAAAAAUUUAGUAAAUUCAUCGUCUUUGGCAAUGGAUUAUGAAAAUUGAUAUUUUUGAAGGGAGUUGUGUUCCUGAACUUCCGUCCAAAUAUGACAUGUAAUUUUGAUUAGAAACCAAUUAGCCAGAUUAAAUAUUCAUGAUGGGAAAAUAUUUCUCAAACGUAUCGACGAUUACAUUAGGUAAAUUAUAUGCUUAUACAACCAAUCAAGAUACAUGGAAUAAUGAUAAGAUGAAAAUUAUAUAUGUAUGUAACGAAUUGUAAUUCAAGAUAAGAAAAUUUCAACAUUGAAACAAACCGAUAUAAUUAAGCAUAAUAGAGCUCCGGAUCCUUUCCAAUGACGGGAACAUAGCCCGACUCAUAUUGUCCGUGCCAUCCGAUGAUGGGUUCCUAAAUCUACGUUAUAACUGACCAUGUAAUUUUGUUUAGAAACCUACUUAUCACAUUAGAUUUUAGAUAUUCAUAGGGAAAUGUGAAAGACAUGAUGAAGCCAAAUUAGACUAACUCAGUAAAUAACAACUCGGUUUCAAAAUGUUCAAUAUUUUGCUCAAUAAAGUUACAGAUUUAUUUUAUCAACA